AUGCCAUUUAAGCCAGAUCACACGCUGAAGUGCAUCGUGCAUGGCUCGCUGUUGCUGCAUUUUGGCAGCACCCGGGCAGCAAUCCAGCUGGUCUUCUACGUGGUCGUGCAGACGUUGUACACUCUGGGUCACAGUCUGUCUUUAAUUGCCCUCACUACAGGGUGCGCUAUCCUCUGCCUAUUCAGGAAGCUCCACUGCACCAGAAACUACAUCCACCUCAAUCUCUUCUUCUCCUUCAUUCUGAGAGCCGUGGCGGUGUUGGUGAAAGACGACAUCCUCUUCAACCGAAACUCGCACUGCUCAAACCAGCCAUCACUGGUGGGAUGUAAAGCCAGCCUGGUGUUUUUCCAGUAUUUCAUUAUGGCCAACUUCUUCUGGCUGCUGGUGGAGGGUUUGUACCUCCACACUCUGCUGGUUGUCAUUUUCUCGGAAAAUCGACACUUUAUUGUCUACAUGUUCAUCGGCUGGGGAAUCCCCACAGUGUUUGUGUCUGCGUGGGUGAUAACGAGGAUUUAUCUGGAAGACACGGGGUGCUGGGAAACAAAUGACCAACCCAUACCCAACUGGGUGAUCAACGGACCAAUUGGAUUCUCCAUUAUGGUAAACUUCAUUCAGUUCAUCUGCAUCAUUCGGAUCUUGGUUCAGAAGCUGAGGUGUCCUGACGUGGGCGGCAAUGACCAAUCACAGUACAGGAGGCUGGCCAAAUCCACACUCCUGCUGAUUCCUUUGUUUGGCAUCCACUACGUGGUCUUCGUGACUCUCAGUGAAUCCAUCGCAGAAGAUUAUAAAAUAUUUUUUGACCUUGCCCUUGGAUCUUUUCAGGGUCUGGUCGUGGCCAUUCUCUACUGUUUCCUGAACAGUGAGGUUCAAGGUGAGCUAAAAAGAAAGUGGCGGAGCAUGUGUCUGAACUGUCGUCUGAGCAGGAAUCGCCACAACAACACCUUCGCCUCCAGAAACGGUUCACAGCACAUGGUGCAGUUUCACAGCAACUCCAGAACCCAGUCCAUUCUGCAGACAGAGACCUCGGUGCUGUGAGAACACGAGGUCUUUGACACACAAACAAACACUACAAAAACACAAAAAAAAUGCAGUCUUAAGAUUGACCUGGGUCUAAUAGUUUUACAAAGUUAUUAAAAAAAUACAAAAAAAGAGGAAAAAACAGUACUUUGAGAUGAAGUACCACAUGGGUGGGACCUGCACAUCACUGUAGUGCAGAUUUUGGUUUUAGCUUUACAAAUCUCUGCAAGCCUUCAAGUUUCUCAUUAGUGGAUCAAAAGCUUUUCAGAUCUGUCCAGUGAGGUUUACUGUGUUUGCUGCUAAGAGCCUUUUUUUUUUUGCAGUCUUUAUGCUAUGAUGUCUGCUACGUGAGCAGAGAAAAACAUGUGCAACGUCCUUAUACUGUUUUACCUGGAGCUUUGUGCACAGAUGAGAUGUAAAAUGUAUAUACUUGAAUGUUGCAUGCAUUGAAAUCUAUAUUUUUGAACAAACAUAUACGUGUAGUAGAAACAGCAGGAUCUAGGUGCUGCAGACUUUAAAUUGGCACUUGCAAAAAAUGCAAAAAAACAAAAAAACAAAAAACAGAACCAUUUUUGCCAUCUUUAACAGAAAGGAAAACAGGUGAUUGUUUAAGUAUACAAAUCUUUAUAUAACUGUUGCCUGCUGUGCGAUUUAACACCACUUGUAAUACUGUGCUGCAGUCUUAAUGCUGUCAUUUUGGAUCCAUGUUGUAAAAUAUAAUAGAUUGGCUAUGGGAAACCUUGCAAUACUUUUUUGUUUGAUACUAAAAUUCAUGGUAGCCGUGUCAGGAUUUAGUUUCCAGAACGUGCAUGCUGUAUGCAAUAACGCAGCAAAGUGACAGUCCUGUCAUUAAAUCCCGCAAAACUACUCACCUUAGUUCUUUCUUAUAUGUUUUCAAUCCUUUUCCAUGUGCCUCCUGUGUUCUCCCAGCCUUAUCACAGGUGUCUGUGUGAGUUUGUUCCUCACCCUGUUUCAGUUUAAUCUGAGCUUUGAAAGAAUGAUCUUAAUGUGGUCGAUUUUAAUUCCAAUCUUUUUUAAUGUCCUGUUCUCAUUAUUGUCUUGAUCGAGUCCAUCUGUUCCCUCUCCAUGGUGUUUGUCUUAGAAAAAUAGACUCUUAGCCUCCAAAUGUUCUCCUGUUGUUUGGUGCUCCUGGCUGGCUGUCACUCUGUAAAGCACCUUAAGUUAUCAAAUUCCUGAUUAAAGCCUCUUGUGUUUCGCCCCC